AUGGACCUAGAAGACAUCACAUACUCUCCUGUCAUACCAAACCAUAUCACAGGGGACCAGCUCGUAGACCAGCAUAUCACAGGGGACCAGCUCGUCACAGGGGACCAGCCCAUCACAGGGGACCAGCCCAUCAAAGGGGACCAGCUCGUAGACCAGCUCGUAGACCAGCUCAUCACAGGGGACCAGCCUGUCACAGCAGACCAGCCCAUAGACCAAUCCGUCACAGAGGACCAGCCCCUCACAGAGGAUCAGUCCAUCACAGGGGACCAGUCCCUCACAGCAGACCAGCCCGUAGACCAAUCUGUCACAGGGGACCAGCCCAUAGACCAGCAUAUCACAGGGGACCAGCCUGUCACAGCAGACCAGCCCGUAGACCAAUCUGUCACAGCAGACCAGCCCGUAGACCAAUCUGUCACAGGGGACCAGCCCAUAGACCAGCAUAUCACAGGGGACCAGCCCAUUGACCAAUCCGUCACAGCGGACCAGCCCAUAUACCAAUCCGUCACUCGGGACCAGCCUGUAGACCAACCAAUUACAGAUGACCAGUCCAUGAUAGAGGACCAGCCCAUCACAGAGGAUCAGUCUGUUCGCAAAAAAAGUUAUAACCAAGGGCAGUUUUUAAAAAUUGCCCAUGGUUCAAGAAUGUUGCCUGCCGUUGUUCACGAGUGGCCAUUUGUACGCUUUUUCUCACUGGUACAUAAUGGAUGGCUGGAUGGGGAUAUCCUACACACUGUGAUUGCAGAUGAUGUUGUUGGGGCUGUUGAGCCUCCCGAUAUCGUGAUGCACGGGUCCAGGAUUUUCUACAAAUUUAACUUGUAUAAUUUGACAUUACAUGAUGUUUGGCAGCUCACUCCGGAGUACUUUCAUUUACCCUUUGUUGAGAACCGCAGUUGGUUAUACAGUAAUAAUACUACACGCAACCCACAAGUGAUGAUGGCUGUUCCACAAGACUGAAGUGUUGUCUU